GUGCAUUGACGUUAUAAACAUGGAACGCCUGCCGGAUUCGGACCGCGCGCGCAUUCCUGAUUAAAAGUUUGCAAGUAAGCACAUUUCAUCGAGGUCAAUUUAUAAUGUCGAAGGACGGCGAAUGGUCGUAUGCACAUCGCGAUGGAAGAUUAUUGGAUGUGAUAGAUGAUGCCUGGAAAACUGACCAACUACCAAAAGACGAUAUCGCAGUACCAGAGUUUGAACUCCCUCCAGUUGACGACAGUGAUAACCACUGUAAUAUGGACUCCUUGAAAGAGCAAGAUCAGAAGUGGACAGACCUUGGAAUCUCUCAGCUUCAAGAGCAGCAGCAAGCCCCUAGUAAUUGAUGUAUUCAGUUUGUUUUCAAACAAGAUAGAGCUGCACACCUCAGAUCUUUCAAUCCGAGAGCCUUAAGGCUUGCUUGUUGGUAAUUUUGCAUCUGUUGCACAUGCGAUUUUACCAAAAUGCAAUUCUUAUGGUUCAGUGAUCAGGAACCCAAUAACUGCAGCACAGUUGUCUGAUAUCGGUGCAUGAAACUGAUAGUCACUACAGUUUUUAAAUUCAUCUAAUAUAAUAACUUCCAAGGGCUUAUUUUAUGACUAUCUUGAUAAUUCAAUGCACUGACAGUAGGUGAGUAGAGUACAGUAGAUUCUUUUUGUAGUCCAAAAUUCAGGAAGACAAGUGCUUAGUAAAAUAAGCAAUGUGGGUAUAGUUAGGUUGUUUGAUCAAACAAUUUUAAUGCAACAGUUUUUAAAACCUUUUUAUCAAAGAGCUGUACAUUCUUGCUCAAAACACUGCACCGUAAAAUACCAUAGAAAAAUCAGAGCAUUAACACAAGCAAUUUUGACAUUGAUGACGACAUUGCUGUUAUUAGUAGUCUGUGGUUAUUAUGCUUUCAGUGUUUAAUGAAGAUUAUUCUCCUACACUUCUAGAGAUAUCCAAGCUGUCUGCUCAUUAACAAAGAGCUUUAAGACUUGCCCUUGUGUAGUUCCGCAUCGUAAAGUGCACUACAACCAAGUUCGAUGUCUGGGGAAAUAAUGGCCAUAUAAUUACUGGUGUUAAUAUUUAUUAUGACAAAUAAAGUGUUCUUGAUUGGUUUUGA